AUGAAUGUUGGAGCUGCCCACAGUGAGGUGAAUCCAAAUACCUGUAUAAUGAACAGCCAGGGUAUGUGGCUGACAUAUGCAUUGGGAGUUGGCUUGCUUCAUAUCGUUUUACUCAGUAUUCCCUUCUUCAGUGUUCCUGUUGCUUGGACCUUAACAAAUGUUAUACAUAAUCUGGGCAUGUAUGUAUUUCUGCAUGCAGUAAAAGGAACACCAUUUGAAACUCCUGACCAGGGUAAAGCGAGGCUCCUAACUCAUUGGGAACAACUGGACUAUGGAGUACAGUUUAUAUCUUCAUGGAAGUUUUUCACAAUUUCUCCAAUAAUUCUAUAUUUUCUGGCAAGUUUCUAUACGAAGUAUGAUCCAACUCACUUCAUCUUAAACACAGCUUCUCUCCUGAGUGUGCUAAAUCCCAAAAUGCCACAGCUACAUGGUGUUCGGAUCUCUGGAAUUAAUAAGUAUUGA